CUUUCUUCACUCUGAUCAUCUACAACAGAAUUACUGGGCUGCUUUUUAUCUCGGACCCUCUAAAAAAUUGAGCAUUAUGCCACAAGGAAAAGGUUAUACUGUUACUAGCUCCGGCACUAACAGCCAGGGCAACCACUACUGCUCUCGUGACUACGGUUCCAGUGCCUCCAACUCGAACAGUUAUCACUACUCCAACACUAACGGAUCGUACUAUUACUCCAACCCUAAUGGAAGCACCUACUACAACAAUGGAAAUGGCAGCUCGAAUUAUACUCCUCUCUCGGGCUCUGGCAAGAAAUAAGUGCCAAGUCACAGAGACAUUCAUUGCCAUUUGAUAUGCAAUCCAGAAUGAAUAAAGUUCAUAGCUCUUGAAAUCUAAUUAGUCUUUGCGUGUUCGUAGUUACAUGUAUAGCUAGCGAAGCCAAUCCCGAACAAGUACCUAUCCUAGCAACUGUGCUGCUGUAUAUUACUUCCCAUCAGCAAGUAUACCGUUCUCAAAAUCAUUCUCGCUACACCCACGUCGCUGACGGGCUGCUCCUUUAUUAGGAAAAUGCCGUGGCGUGGGGAGAGGAGCUGCAUCGCUCGGUCGCCGGCGACGAACGAGCUGGUACCCCCGAUCCAAUUCGAUUUCAAUUGCCUCACGGACCUUCAGGGCACUAAUCGCGGGCCAGACACCUCGCUCGCCCUUCAGUGUCCAUUCUGCUACCCGUGCACGGGUGGGUUGUUGGAAAAGUUUGGCCAAGUCGUUGAUAGAUAGGUCCGGGACGAGGGUGAGGUUGGGUCCUGGGAUAGUUUCAUCGAUUAAGAGUCGGCUUACAAAGCCUGGGAGGAAACCGAUGUAAUCGAGUUGGCGGAGACGGUGGCGUAAUUCGACCAAGGCGAGUCGCACCAUUGAGCGGGAUAUAUUGCUCCAGCCCGUUUGGUGGCGGUCGAGGAGGUUGAGUUCGGAGCGUAGGAAUGGGAUCAGGUAGGGACGGGCUUGGGAGACGAUGAAGUGGUUGACGUUGAAGAGUUCCGCAAUUCGGGAGAGGGGGGAUUCGCCGUCGCUAUAGAUGACGUGUCGCCAUGGUUGGAACACUGCUUCCUUUGUGUGUGGCCAGGGGACGAUGGAGCCGGUUUCGUCUUUGCAGUAAAUCGUGACUGGUGAAGAAAGUGU